AUGAGAAAAGGCAAAAAAACUAUUCAAGCAGAGGAAAAUGGAAUACAAUAGAUUGUAAAUUCAUAUCAAGAAUAAAUUUCAAAGAUCAUAUUUUAAAAAUUGUCUUAAUGUGUUACUGAAGGUUAAAACAUAUCUUCAAAUUAAUUUGCAAGAAAAUGGUUAACUUAAAAUUCAACUCUUCGCACAGAUAGAAUUUUGGCUGGUUAAUGUAGAAACUUGAUAGAUGGCUUAGAAAUAAUAAAAUACAAUAUUAAUUAUUAAUUAGCUCAUACUUAUCUACUUUAGGGGACUGAUUGGAAUUAUAAGAUUAUGAGUAAUAAUUUAAAUUUAUUAUUUAGCAAAAUUUGCUUAAAAUGUUGUAUAAAAAAAUAUAGACGCUAUUCUCAUAUUAGCUUACAUGAAAACAAUAUUAUCAGGAUAUUUUUCUUAAGCAGAUUAAUCUAUGAUAACAAAAAUCAUAAACAUUGAUCCUCUAGGGCCUCUUUAAAGCUUUUUUUAUACAAAAACUGAUAAAAAUAUCACUCUGUUUUGGGAAGUUGGAAUUGAUAAAAUUCCGAAGGUUUCUAAUUAUAGCAACUAUAGUUAAACGGAUUUAUUAGGUUAUGAUUAUUUACACACAAUUACUUUUAUUGAUAUUAGAUAUGAUAUUAAUAUUGAUAAUAAUGCAGGGAGAAUAGUUACAUCUUAUUAUUAGGAUGUUUAGAAUGCUAUUCAUAGACAAGACUAUUAAUCAGUAAUAACAUCUUCCAAUCAUUAUCAGAUACUGAAAAAUAAGAGUUCUGAAUUCUUAUUUUCAAUAGAAGCUAAUGAUUUAGGAAGUAUGAAUAGUGAAUUAUUAUAUAGAGAAAAACAUAACUAAAUUAUAAAAUGGUUACCAAAUACUUUUCCAACUGUUUAUUUAACUAAAUAAGAAUAAUAGUCUUUUGUUUAUGAUGAAUAAUUAUAAAGAUGGGUUAAUAAAGAUUAUGAAGUGAUACAAUAAACUAAGAAAAUGAGAGAAUAUUAAGCAAAGAUUAAUAAAGAUUUAUUAAAAAGAUAUGCUGAUUUUUCAUCAGCAGCAAAACUUGUUGAAUUAUUGUAAAGAGUUCCUAAUUUUAAAAUAAAAUUAACUGAAGAAGAAAAAGAAGUUGUUGGAUCAGAUGGAAAUGUAAUGGUUAUAGGUAGAAGUGGAACAGGAAAGACAACUUGUUCAAUUUUAAGAUUAUUUGCUAUGGAAACAUUAUUUAAAUUAAGAUUAGAAUUAUAUAAAUAAAAACAUGAGCAUGUUCUUUAAAAUUAUAAAUAUGAUGAUAAAGAAGUAGAUAAUAAUAUUGGUUUACAUUGUAUAUUUGCAACUGCAAGUCCUGUAUUAACUACAGAAGUAAAAAGAUAUUAUGGAAAAUUGACAGCAUAAAUAAAAGCAGAAUUAGAGAAAAAGAAAUAAAAAGAUAGAUUAAAACGAUUAUAAUAAGAAUAAGAAGCCUAAAAAGAAAAGAUUGAGAAUUAAUUUAAUUAAAGCACUGUUUCAAUUGUAGAUAUUAAAUAAGUAGAAGAAAAGUAUUUUGAAUAAUAAAUUGGAGGAAUUUAAUUAUAAAAGGAAUAAGAAGGAUUUUAAGAAGAAGAAUUAAAUGAGGAAGAUUGGGAAUAAGAGGAAGAGAAAUUGAAAUAAGAAUUAAAUGCAUUUCAUUCUUUUGCUGAUAUGAAGGAUUCAGAUUUUCCAGCUUUUCUUACAAUUAAGAAAUUAGUAUUACUGGUAGAUGGAUCAUUAGCAAAACCAUUUUUUUCACGUACUUAAGAUAAUAAAACCUUAAGUUCAGAUACAUAAGCUUAAUGGAAUACUGAAAAUACUGGAGUUAUUUUUAUAAAUUAAUACAAAAGGGAUGAAGAGUAAGAUGUUGAAUAUGAUGAUGAAGAAUAUGAAGCAUUAUUUGAUGAAACUGAAUUGAAUAUUGAUGAUAUGGAUGAAAAUUAACUAGAAUAAGAAUAUUAAAGACAGCUUUACUUAAUGAAUAAACCUUAAUAAUAAUCUAAAAUUGAAAGUAACAAUAUUAAACUCUCUUAAGAAGUUGAUUUUGAUUUUUUCUUUAAUAAUUUUUGGUAUAGCAAAUUUAAUAAAUACUAAAAAACAAAUUUGAAUCCUUCAUUUGUUUGGACUUAAAUAUAUUCUCAUAUUAAAGGAGCUGCAGCAUGUCAUACCUAUCCUGGACAUUAUAUGCCUAAAAGAGUAUAUUUAAGGUUAAAUAAAAAUGAUAAUCUCUUUGAUGAAAUUUUUGAAUGUUAUGUUUUAUAUGAAAAAUGGAAGAUUUCAUAAGGAUAUUAUGAUUUUACAGAUGUUGUUAACCAUAUUCUUGUUUAAUUAGAAUAUGGAAAAUGCAAUCUCUUUCCCAUUCAUUAUUUGAUGAUUGAUGAAUGUUAAGACUUACCUCAUGCAGUUUUACUCUUAUUAUGUAAAAUAGCAGAAUAAGGUUUAUUUUUCAGUGGUGAUACUGCUUAAAAUAUUGCAAAAGGAGUUGGAUUCAGAUUUUAAGAUCUCAAAUCUCUCUUUAAAAAACCUGAAAUUUCUUAUAAUGCAAAAUAAAAUGAUUUGAAAAUUCAUCAAUUAACAAUCAAUUUUAGAUCACACAAUAAUAUUCUAUAAUUAGCCAACUCUUUAGUUUCAUUAUUAGAGAUCUUCUUUCCUAAUACAAUUGAUAAAUUAAAAAAAGAAAGAUCAAACAUUUCUGGUCCUAAACCAAUAGUAUUAAAUGGGGACAAACAAGAAUUAUUUUAUUUAUUGUCAGGAGAAUCAAUAGAUCAAACACAAUAAGUUGGAGAAAGAUUAUCCAUUGAGUUUGGUUGUAAUUAAGUUGUUCUAGUUAAGGAUUAAGAAUCAAAGAAAAAUAUUCCUUCUAUCUUAUAACAUGCAUUAGUACUCACUAUUUAUGAAGCAAAAGGCUUAGAAUUUGAUGAUGUUAUUUUAUAUAAUUUCUUUUAAGAUCACUAAAUAGGUGAUUCAUAAUGGAAAUUACUAUAGACUUGUGAGAUUUUAGAUGAAGAAAUUUCUAAGGAAAAAUUUAAAGAUAGUUGUACAUAACACCAAAAUUUAGAUGAUGAAACUACCAUAUUUUAAGGUUUUGAAGAAAAGAAUGGUAAUAUAAUUGUUAAAAAAAUCUUUACCUAAAAUAAAUUUUAUGAUCAAUUAACUUAUAAUUAUGGUGCUUUAUGUAAUGAAAUCAAAUAAUUAUAUGUUGCUGUAACAAGACCUAGAUAAAGAUUAAUUAUUUAUGAUGAAAAUCCAUAACCCAGAUAAUAUGUUUAAAAUAUUUGGUAAAAACUAAACUUGAUUGAUCAUUUUUCUAGUAAUAACAUUUAAAAUAGAAAUGUGGAAAGAUUUGCUAAAUAAACUUCGAAAGAGGAAUGGAAGAAAUAAGGUUUAAAAAUGUUUAGAAAUAAAUAUUAUGAACAAGCUGAAAAAUGCUUUGAACAAUCUUCAGAUGAAUUACUAUUUAUUAAAGCCAAAGCAUUCAAAUUAGCUACUGAAGGAAAUGCCCUUACUUAAUAAUAUUCCUAAAUAUCAUCUAAUACAAUGAAUUAGAAAGAAAAAAAAUUGCAUUUAGCAUAAUUAAAAUAAAUAUUAAAAGAGAAGUUUUCAGAAUCUGCUUAAUUAUUCAUGAAAUUAUAGAAUUAUAAAUAAGCUGCUUAAUGCUAUUAUUCAGGCGAAAUGUAUUAAGAAGCAUUAAAAAUUUACGUUGAUUAGUAAAUGUAUAAUUAGGCUGGAGAAGCAGCAUAUAAAUGUGAAUAAUAUACUGAGUCAGCUGAAUAUUUCUUAAAAUCUCAUGAUUUUAUUAGAGCAGUAGAUGCAUAUGAAAAAGCUGAAGCAUAUGAAGAAAUAUUUAAUAUAAUACAUUAAAUAAGAGAUUAAAUCCCAGUUGAAACUAGAUCUGCUUUUUUGAAAAAGUAUUUACCACUUAUUUUAAAUAAAAUGACAAACUAAAUUGAAUAAAUUGAAUAAAUUCAAGAAUAGAAAGUAAAUUAAGAAAAGAAACCUUUUGUAAUUGAAGAAAGCUCUGAUGAAGAAGAUGAUGAAGAGGAAGAACAAUAAUAAGAAUAAGUUAUCAAACCUUAAUCAUAAAAGAUUAUGAAAGAAUAAGAUAUUGAAAAAUUAAAAGAAGAACCAUAACAAUCAUAAUAAUAAAUAUUUAAAUAAUAAAGUGAAGAACAGUAAUAAGAAAAAAUUAUUGAAUUAAGUAGUUAAUUAAUAAAAUCAUUGCCUGAUUAAUCAUAACCUUCUAUUUUAAUUAAAUAAGAAAGUAUGAAUAAUAAUUCAGAAGAUUCUUAAUCAUUUUCAGUCUAAAAUACGGAAAGCUUUUAAGUUGAAUAAAUCAAAGUUGAAAAUAGUAAGAUAAUUAGUGUAGAAUCUGAAUCAUUUUAAAUUUAGAACACAAUAAAUGAAGAUGAUUAGGAAGAGCAAAACUUUGAUCAUUUAUCCCACUUUGAUCCUGAAGAUUAAUGGUUGAAAAAUGACAAUAAAUCUAUUAUUGAAUCUAUUGCAUCUAAAAAGAGUGAACAAUCAGAUUUUUCUGCAUUUUCAUAUGCUUAAAUAUAAAGUAAUCCUAAUGUUUAAUUCGUUAAAACUAAGACGGAUAUUUUUAUCUAAGAUAAAAUAAUGUAAUAAAUUAUUAAAUACAUUUCCAUGUUUUCUGACGAAUUCAAAUAUCAAUUAUAUAAUUAGAGAAGUAAAUCUGCAUAACUUAGUAAUAAAUAGAUUAAUCAACAUGAAUUCGAUUAUAUGGUUGAUUUCAUCUUAGAUUUAGAUUUAGUAGAUAUUUCUUUUAUUUAUUUGGUUUUAGAUAUUUUGGAAUAAUUCAAAAAUUAUAAAUUAUGUAUUUUCGUUUGCAACAGAUACAAAUUAGCUGAUCAAUUAGGAAGAUAUUUAGUAUCAAUUGCAUCAACUUAUUCACCUCUUGCUUUACAUACAGCAAGUUUGAAUGUUUCAUAUUUAAUUAAUGGGAAGUAAAGAUAGGCUUAAAUUGAUAAGGGUUUAGUUGGAGCUUUUGCAGUACAUAAUGUUUUUGAAAACAUAAAUCCUGAAUUCAUUUCUUUAAAAUUUAAUGAUACUAAACUUACACCUUAAAACUCAUUGGGUAUAGAAUGCUAUUCUUAGUUACUUUUAUUAGGAUUUUGGAAGAAAACUGUUUAUUAAAUGGAUGUAUAAAAUUCAUUAUUAGUUUGUAAAUUAUUUAUGGAUUUCAAAAAUUGGAGAUUCAUCUAUUACAGUAAUUUAUAUCAUUAGAUCAACAGAAUAGAAAUUGAAUAAGAAGAUAGAGAUUUGGCAUAGGUUUAUCAAACAAAACUAAUAUUAAUUUAAAAGAAACUUGAUAUAUGUUUCUCUACUAUGGCUAGAGGAGUUGAUAUGCUAAUAUUUGCUUAUCCAAAAGAUUAACAAGAGAUGGAAUUUUCAAUCAUCACUUUAGAACAAUAUUAUAGUGAAUUAAUUUAAUAACUUGUUUUAAAUCAAAAGACUCCUUAUACCUUAUUCUAUAGAGCUAAUACAUUAGAUUUUCAAAAGUCAGUUAAAAUAGAAUUAAAUUCUAAAUAAAAUCUUCCUAAAAUGUAUUCAUUAAGUGAAGAAGUUAUUAAUUGCUUAAUAAAUAAAACAGAAGUUCCAAAUGAAAUUUUGAAUAAAUUAUGUGACAUAGUACUUGAUUACAAAAAUUAUGAUUAAUUGGAAAUAUAUCAAUCUGUUUUUCUACUCAUAUUUUAUUGUUAAUAUGUUGUACAUAAUUCUGGAUUGGUGAAAACCCAUUUAUGGAUCACAUAAUUAGAUGUAAAAAUAUAUGCAAAAUUGAUAAAGUCUGUUAGAUUUAUCAAAAAAUUGUUGAAUACUAAUUAAGAUUGUCUUUAGAAAUUAAAGAAAAUUGUUUUUAGAAGUGUAUUAUUUUAUUUCAAAAUCAGAGAACCAGAUAAUGUUGUUUUACUUAAACCAUACAUUAAUUCAUUAAUAAUUAAUAGAUCUUCUGUAAUUAUCUAAGGAUUAGUUGAAAACAGACAUAAUCUACAAUUGAAGGGGAAUAAAAUUGUGUUAGACGAUUAUUAUUUUGUAGAUAUAGAUUUUGAGUUUAUUAGUGCUCCAAGAUCUUUUGUGAUAUUUUUGAUUUCUAAAAAACUAAAUAAUGAAUUAAAUAGUAUUAGUCAUAUAAGAAGAGCUACAUUUGAGGAAUAUUAUUUUGAUCAAUUAUAUCCACAAGAAUAUGAAGAUCAUUUUGAGAGUUUGAGUAUCUAUUAUUAUAGCAGAAAAAAAUGCAUAUAGGAGAUUAAUAAUAAUUAAUAAUAAAUAGAAAAUAUGAGGUUAACAACUGUUGAAAAGGAAUGGUAAUAAAUUUAAUAAGAAUAAUAGUAAAACUUUAAAAUGAAGCAUGAAUUUAAAGUUUAAAAAUUAGAUGAAGAUAUUAAUGCUAGAUCGUUGUUUAAGAAUAACAAAGGUUAACUAGCCUUAUAAAUUUACUUUUUGAAGAACCCUUAUCUCAAAUGUAUGUCAUCAGACUCAAGAUAUUUUAUUAUUGAACUUGCUUUAAAAAAGAUUAAUAAAUAAUUUAACAAUUCAUAAUCUUUCCAUUGUGCAAUGGUAAAGUUCAUUCAUUUGAUGAAUUAUGCUGAUAGCAAUUAUAUCACUUAUCAAUACCUUAAUCAUAAAGUUGAAUAAGGGUAAUGUAAAAAAUAUGAGCCUUAUCUUUAAUAUUUAGAAUGCUUGAUAUGUAAGAAAUUUAAUAUCAUUUCUGAUGCAAGUGAUCUAUAUUUCUCUUAUCUAUAAGAAAGAUAUGACUUAAUAACUCCAAAUGAAUAAUAUUGUUAAUUAACAUAUUUAUUAAUAAAUAAUUUGGUAGGGCUUUUACUAAAUAAAAAAAAUAAUUGUCAAAUAAAAAUACCAAAUAGAUACUUUAUUUAUUUUGAUAAAAUUACUUAACCUGGAGAAUAAUUAUAUUAAUAUGAGACAGACUUCCAUCCUAUUUAAAGUUAGGAUGGUAUUGCUAAAAUAAUAGAAUAAUUAGUAGAUAUUUAAAAAAUUUAACCUGAAGUUUAUAAUUUUAAGAUAAUGUUGUUAAUUUACACAUUAGUUUUAAAUUUAAAUGAUAUUAAAGUAAAUGUAAUAAAUAAGAUUAAUUAAAUUAUCAAUGAAUUAAAUUCUUAAGAUGAAGAGAAUUAAUAUGCAUAAAUUAUGAAAGCAGUGAAUCUACCUUAAAAUGAAAGAUUUGAUGCCUUAACUAUUAAUUCAAAUGUAAUAAAAUUAUUCUUUGCUAAAGAUGUAAGAUUGUACUCUUUGAAUAUUAAAAAUAAAUUAACAGAUUAAACUAUUGAGGCAGCAUAUUAGAGUUGUUUAGAUGAAUGGUAGAAUAUUUAAUAGAAAAGUUAAGAUCUUGAAAAUAAAACAAGCAAAAUAGUUGCUGCUUUUAAGGAAAAGAGGAAAGGAGAAAAGUUUUUUAAACCUUGUUAAUUUGGAUUUGGUGAGUAUGAUUUACCAAGGAAAUUGAAAACCUCAAAAUAUAUCGAUAUAAUAAAUUAAUUUGUAAAAGUAAGGAAAAUAUUAUUAUCAACAUUCUAUUCAAUGUUUCUCAUAAAUUCAAUUGAUUUUCACUUUAUUUCCUAACAAUUGAAACAUUUAGAUGAAAAGGAAAAUGAAUUUGAUUAAAUUUGGCAUAAUUACUUUAGCAGAAAAAUGAUUAAAUCUGAUUUUAUUAAAUAGUAUGAAGAAUAGUAUAAGAGUACUUAAGUAAUGAUUGAAACAUUGUUAUAAUGGUAAAAAACUAAUGUGACAUUUGAAUAAAAUGCUAAUAAAUUACUUGAGAGAAACAGAAAAUUAUUAGCAUUGAAGUGGAUGAAUAAUAAAGCAGGACUGACUCUUUAAAAGAUUUAAAAGAGAAAGAAGGGUUUGAAGAGAUAGAAACUUUAAGAAUAAAAGAAAUUAUUUAUGAAAUUAAGUUGA